AUGAGAUUAGUGAACAAAACCUCUCAGCAGCCUCUCUCGUCUUCCACCCCUCCCUUGUCUCUCCUCUGCUCCCGCUCCUCCUUGUACGCCCGUCCGGUGCUUGGAGAGAGAGAGAGGGGGGACGAGCGGCACGGGAUGGGCCAGGGGGUGAGCUGCGCCGGGUCGAGCUACGAGCAUGGCUUCUUCAGCGCCGUCCAAGAUGGCCACUUGGAGACAGUGCGCAGCGCCAUCGAUGAAGAUCCAUCGUUGCUCCGCCGCGCCACCAUCUACGAUCGCCUUUCCGCACUCCACAUCGCCGCUGCCAAUGGGCGCGUCGAGGUCUUGACGUUGGUGCUGGAAAAAUACGGAAAUCCUGAUAUAGCUAAUCGGCAUAAACAGACUCCAUUGAUGUUGGCUGCGAUGCACGGAAAGAUUGCCUGUGUGCAAAAGCUACUCGAGGCCGGGGCAAAUAUUCUGAUGUUCGAUUCGCUAAAUGGAAGAACUUGCCUUCAUCAUGCUGCUUAUUAUGGUCAUUCAAAUUGUCUUCAAGCCAUUAUAUCCGCUGCCCGGUCAACUGGCGUCGCUGAUUCUUGGGGAUUUUCCCGGUUUGUAAAUGUUAGAGAUGACAAUGGGGCGACGCCUUUACACCUUGCUGCAAAGCAAAGACGGCCGGAUUGUGUCCACAUUCUUUUAGACCAUGGAGCUCUUGUUUGUGCUUCGACUGGUGGUGGAUAUGGUUAUCCUGGGAGCACCCCUCUGCACUUGGCAGCUCAUGGAGGGAGUUUGGAAUGUGUUCGCAAAUUGCUUGCAUGGGGAGCGGAUCGGCUUCAAAGGGAUUCAGCUGGGCGAAUACCGUAUGCUGUUGCCCUCAAGCGAAACCAUGGAGCUUGUGCAGCUCUUCUAAACCCAUCAGCAGCCGAACCACUGGUUUGGCCUUCUCCAUUGAAGGUAAUCAGUGAACUUGGUCCAGACGCAAAGGCUCUGCUAGAGGUUGCUCUAACGGAGGCUAAUAAGGAAAGAGAGAAGAAGAUCUUGGAGGGAACAAAAUAUUCAUUGUCACCGCCUGCACAUUGGGAUGCAGCAAUUCCUGAUGAUAGUUCUGAGGCGAGCGAUACAGAGCUUUGUUCCAUUUGCUUCGACCAAGUCUGCACUAUUGAGGUCAAAGACUGUGGGCACCAGAUGUGUGCUCAUUGCAUGUUGGCUCUUUGCUGCCACAACAAGCCAAAUCCCACAACCUUGUGCUUGCCUUCACCAUCAUGCCCCUUCUGCCGCUGCAACAUUGCCAGAUUGGUGGUCGCCAAGACACAUGACAAAGAUGAAGGGGAAAAGGGCACCACCUCUAAGCUAAGGAGGUCAAGGAGGUCCCAUAACUUUAGUGCAGAAAGUAGUAGCUUCAAAACUUCGGCUAUGGGAUCAUUUAGUAAGAUGAGCCGUGGCUCUGGGUGUAUUACUGAUAGCGAGGACAUGGUGGACAAGCCUUGAUAAUUGAAUUGCAGUUCACAUAGCUACCAGAUUUGAAAUCUCCAAUAACUGCUGUUGAGGGAAUCAAUUGCUUCUGUAGAUUCUUGCAUUCAGAAAAGCAAAAGCAGUCAAGUAAGCAGUCUCUUUCACCAAUCUUGUGUUGCCAGUUCUCUUUGCCAGCAAGUUUGAAGCUUAUGGUUCUUUUGGUUGUUAUAUGUACUCAUCUGGUUCCGGUGAGUUUGGAUCUGUUUCUUAGGCUAAAAUUCACAAUCUUUGGAAGGUAAACCAUAUUCAAGUUUGAAGAAGUUGUAGGCCUGUCCAUCUACUUUGCAGCAUGAUGGACAUGUAAAUUAGCAUUUCAUUUUCAAGUUGCUGCAGGCUUGCCUGUCUGCUAUGUGACACAGUAGAUGUUGUGAUGUGAUGAUGUAAAAUUUAUUACAUUUGCAAGUUGUUUGGGGGUGUUGGCUAUCA